UGUUCUCGUACGUAAGGCAUGAUGUCCUUUUAAGUAGUUAAGCCGUGCAUGAAAAUACGCACACUCAAAGCAAACGUAUCAAAAACCAGCUGUUCCUCCCUCCCUUUCAGAAAGUAAGAAUCACCCCUCUAUAAAAGAAUACUAACCAGCAAGUGAAACAUCAAAAUUCUUGCCUUAACUCCUCCUUUCCUUCUCAUAUAAACCAUUUAUACAGACAAACUCUACAAUCUUCUUUUUUUCCUCGUCCAUGUUCUAGGAAACAUAUUAUUGCUUAAAUAAAACCAUGAGCGCCGGUAAUAAUUGCUGUUUGUCGUUUAAAGCCUUGUUUGGGGCACUUGUAGUUUUGGGGUUCAUCUUAGUUGGGACCCUGCAGAGUGAAGGGAACGAAACAACGACAAAGACCACGGCCGACGAGGAUGAUGAGUCCUGGUCGUGGAAGGGAAAGGCGACGCUACAGAAGGAAGAGCAAGUGAAGGACUUCGGCAGAGGAAAGUUGUCGGGUUUGGUGCACCGACGGAUGGAUCUCAACUACAUGAGCAAAAGAAGAGUUCCUAAUGGACCUGAUCCUAUUCAUAACAGGCGAGCUGGCAACUCGGGACGACCGCCGAGGCAAGGUUAGGCAUCAAAGCACGGCGGCCGGAAGCUUCGAAUCAGCCGAAGCGGUGAAAGACGAUGACAUCAAAGCCAUCAUAUCUGGCAUAUAUUGUGCAUGUAAUAUUUUGGAAGUGGGACUAUAAAUAUUUGAAAUAUUUGGAUUAUCCAUUUUAGCCUGCAUGCAUGUAGUUGUGUUUUUUUUUAGAAGAAGGGAGAGAAUACAAAAUAUGCUCAUCGAAAGCUCUAGCAGAGAAAGAUAGCCAGCAUCUAGCUACCCUUUUGUACGUUGAAAGAAAAAUUAUUUUAUUAAUUAGUUGGUAAUUAAAUAUUAACCCUUAAAUUAAUUAAUAAAUACAUAGAAAAGAAACAUGUAGGAUUAAGGAACAAUAUGUGGUGGAACUUGGUAGUGGAGACAUGUUCUUUGGCUUUGAGUUGUUUUA